GCAGGUUUCUCUGUCCCAUUCCCUGUCCCGGUGUCCCUGUCCCCUUGCCGGUCCCCCCUCCCCUUGCCGGCCCGGGCCAUGGCCCCGGCCGUUCCCCUGUGCCGGGCGGGGCCGCCCCGUCCCCGUUCCUGGGCGGCCCGGCGCGGUGCCGCCCUCGGCCGGCUCCCGGCGCGCCGGCUGUGGCGCUGCUGGGCGCUGCUGUGGGGCUGGCUGUGGGACGGGCUCGGCCUCGCCGCCCCUUGGCUCCGCCUGGCUCGAGCCCGGCGCCUGCCGGGGCCGGCGGGGGACGCGGCCGCCGCGGCCGCUGCCGCCUCCUCGGCGGCUUCCCCGGCCGGAGCUCCGCCGCUCGCCAGCUCGGCCGCCGGCAGCGAGCCGCCGCUGCCCGCUGCGGCUGGGGAAGCCCGGCCCGAGCCGCUUGAGGGGCGCUCGGGGGCCGUGCCGGGCCCCGGCCCCAACGCUGACGGCCACGUCUCGCCCGCACGGAAGGCCAAGGAGCCGCUGCACGAGCGCUACCGGCUGCAUUCGCUGCUGGGCAGCGGCGGCUUCGGCCGCGUCUACGCGGCGACCUGGGACGGAGCCCCGGUGGCCAUCAAAGCCGUGCCCCGGGAUCUCAUCCGGCGCUGGGGCGAGCUGCCUGACGGCACCCGGGCCCCCCUGGAGAUCGUGCUGCUGGACAAGGUGUCCAAGGGCUUUCCUGGGGUCAUCCAGCUGCUGGAGUGGGUCGAGCUCCCCAACGGUUUCCUGUUGGUCAUGGAGCAUCCGGAGCCGUCUCAGGACCUCUCUGCCUUAAUCACGGCGUGGGGGUUCCUGCCGGAGGAGAUGGCGUGGGGGCUGUUCCACCAGGUGCUGCAGGCCGUGCGGCACUGCACCAGCUGCGGCGUCCUGCACCGGGACAUCAAGCCCCAGAACAUCCUCCUCCACCUGGCCACCGGCGAGGCCAAGCUCCUGGACUUUGGAUGUGGCACCUUCCUUCGGGACACGGUCUACACCCAGUUUGCAGGUGAGCCCACAGCCGGGGCAUGCUCCUGGUGCUGG